UCUCUACUUUCUCUGGGGAAGCUGCCUAGUAGUGGUGGGGACUGCUUGCUGUCACUUCUUGGUCAUUCCGUCACUCAUUCAUUCUCUCUUGCCUACCAAGCCCGAGGUAACUCGUUCAAUUUCCGGCAAUCAGCUGGAUGGACAAUCCGGGAGGGUCUUUAUCAUGCAGUCCCAAGGGGAGUAAUUGAAGUGUCCGGGUCCAGGAAUCUGUGCCUACCUUUAUGUCGUGCGACAUAUAACUACCCCCCGCGACCGAUCGAUCCACUUUGCUCGGCGCGUGUUCUUCACUCUCAUUCCACAUUACCAAUCCUAUUUACUGCCUUCUCUCUUUGCCCCUCUUUGCGGUUUGAAAGAUAGUGAGUGGCAUUGGGGAUUUUCCGUUAUGUCUCCCCCCAGCAGCGAGAAAGUUGGCAGCGUGGAUCGUAUCGAGGAUAUCACACAAGCCAACCACACCCUGACCGAUGUCGACCACGAUGAGGAAUAUUCCUAUGUCGAGCAGCGCAAGAUCAUCCACCGCAUUGAUCGCCGUCUGGUGACUAUCACUGGCCUGGCGUAUUGUAUUUCCCUGAUGGAUCGCACGAAUCUCAGUAUGGCUGCUGUGGCUGGAAUGACCAAGGACUUGCAGUUGACGGUCGGGACGCGAUAUUCUGUUAUCGUGCUCAUCUUCUUCGUUCCCUAUGUAAUCUUCCAGCCGCCGAUGACGGUGGUCACCCGCAAGUUUGGCCCGACGAUCUUUCUGGGGAGCAUUGUCAUCUCUUGGGGGGCAAUUCUUAUUGGGAUGGGCUUCGCGAAGAACUGGAAGCAUAUGGUUGCUUGCCGUUUCUUGCUAGGGAUUCUGGAGGCGGGGUACUUUCCCGGUUGCGUGUAUCUGCUGUCGAGUUGGUACACGAGAUUCGACGUGCAAAAACGCUUCUCCAUUUUCUAUCUUAUCGGCUGCGUCGCAUCCGCACUGGCGGGCAUCCUCGCCUUCGGGCUGAUGCAGAUGGAAGGGCUGCAGGGCAUACGCGGCUGGCGAUGGAUCUUCAUCAUGGAAGGCGUGAUCACGGCGGUGAUCGGCGUCAUCACUCUCAUCUUCCUAGUCGACUUCCCAGACCGCGCGCACAAAUCCUGGCGCUUCCUCACUGAGAAGGAAAGCGCGUUCAUCGUCCGUCGCAUCAACCGCGACCGCUCGGAUGGCAACGAGGAGCCCUUCACACUCAAGCGGUUCUUGUCGCCGGCUCUGGAUCUGAAGAUUUGGGGAUUUGCGAUGAUUUUCCUCUGCACGACGACCGUCACCUACGCGAUUGCCUACUUCCUACCCAUCAUCCUACAAGAAGGGAUGGGCUUCAGCAUCGGCGCGGCGCAGUGCCUCGCCGCGCCGCCCUACGUCUUCGCCGGCUUCAUCAUGUUUGGGUCUGCCUGGGUGGGUGACAAGUAUCGCGUGCGCGGCGCCAUCGUGGUCUUCAACUCCGCGCUAUGCAUCAUCGGUCUGCCCAUCAUGGGAUUCGCGCACGGCAACGCGGCGCGCUACGUCGGCGUCUUCUUUAGCGUCGCCGGCGCCAACUCGAACAUCCCCGCCGUGAUGGCGUACCAGGCCAACAACGUCCGGGGCCAGUGGACUCGGGCACUGUCGAGCGCGACACUUGUCGGGUUCGGGGGCAUUGGAGGCAUUGUGAGCAGUUUGGUGUUUCGGUCUGAGGAUGCGCCAGGGUAUCGGCCGGGGAUGUGGACUACUAUCGCGUGCAAUAUCCUGAUUCUGGUAAUUGUUGGGGUCUUGAGUUGGUGGUUUCGCAAGUCGAAUCGCGAGGCGGAGAGAGGGGAGAGGGUUAUCGAGGGGUCGGAGGAUUUUAGGUAUACGAUCUGAAGAGUGGUGUGCCCCAGGCAGGAUGAUAUACCUGGCUUCUAUGUGUGGUAUCUAUAUCUGCCAUAGGCCCUUGAUGGAGAUAGUCUGAUUUAGUCAAUGCAGACCAUGACUUGAUGAAUC